AUGCUAGAUUCAACACCUGAUCUAGCACACCGGGAACAGUUAUCAGAAGUUAUUAGGUUUGUUGAUGUUAAUUUCAAAACCAAAAAAGUGACCAUCAAAGAAUCUUUUCUUGGUUUUAUUCAGCUUCAUGCAAAAGAUGCAGCAACACUAGAAAAUGUUAUUGUUGAACAGUUGCAAGCAGACAACCUUCCUAUAGCUGACUGUCGAUCUCAGUGUUAUGAUAACGCAGCUGUGAUGGCAGGAGAACUGUCCGGACUCCAACAAAGAAUUGCCAUUCGAAAUCCUCAAGCAUCGUUUGUUAAUUGUAACAACCAUAGCUUGAAUUUAGCUGGAUUACAUGCUGCAAAACAGGAUCCAGUUGUUGUUACAUUUUUUGUUUUGUCAAAAAUUGACCGGAUUCAAAAACAACUGCAAGAUCCAUCAAUGAAUUUCCAUGACGCAGCACUGGAUUUAGAAGGACUGCAGCAACGGCUAAGUAGCAUUCGAGAAGAUGUUUGCAUCACUGCAGUCAAUGCAGCUAAAGUUCUGUGUGAAAAAUUGGGAAUUAGGAUAGAAGGAAGAAUUAAACGUCGAAAACAGAUGCCUGGAGAAAAUGCUGGUGAUGCAGGACUCGCUGCGGUUGAAGAAAUAACUCGCAUUAUGAAAUCAGUUAUUGAUAGACUAAUCCAGGAGAUGACAACACGAUUUGGUCGUCUGAAGACGUUAGAUGAAAAGUUUGGAUUUCUAUUCAACAUCAGCAAAUUGUUUGCUAAUGAUACCUCUAAUGAUAUUCAACAGCACUGUGCUACGCUGGCUGACUUUUAUAAAACUGAUAUCGAUGGAACUGAACUGUUCAUUUCUAAAUUGAAUACACUUGACCCAUCGGCUACCAUGAAAAUGUCUAACGGAAGCAAAAAAGGAAAAAGAGUUGUCAGGUAUGAUUACGACGUAAAGAUUUUGAAAACUGCCAUUGAUGAAUUGAAAGCAAAGAAAAUGACUUUGAGACAGGCUUCUAAAACAUUCUGA